UCCCCGGUGACCCAACUGACCCCAGCACGAAGCCGUACCAGAUCAUCCAGGACAUCCGCAAGCGUAAGGGUCUGAAGGAAGGCCUGCCAGAUCUGUCGCAGUACUUGGACAAGCUGUAA